UACAAACAAAUAGGUCUUGUGUCUUCGUCUCCGUCGCGCCCGUCGUCCCAACUCUCCUCUUUCUCUCUUUACUCUCGCACAUGUCCCACUGACCGCCAUUGCACCUCACCUCCACCACCUGGUCACCCAAACUCAUCACAGCCGGCCAUCACUGCCUAGCUGUUUUCUUGUUAGCCGCUACUCGAGCAGAUAUCUCAAUCUCGUUGUAGCAGCUGGUCCAGACCUCGUAGAAUUUUCUGGACGAUUGGCUGCUGUAGUAGAGAGUCGACCCGUUUCUGGGAAGAUAGAGCUUGGUUUUUAAUUUAGGGUUUUUGUCGCGUUGCGACUGGUAUCCUGAUUUGAUACGAAAUAAGAAACCGGUGACCCUGUGAAAUUGCUGCAACUUCCAGUCACUUGUAUUAUAUAAGCCUCCUGUUAUUGAUUGAUUGUGAAGGCAAACCGUAUAUUGUAAGAAUGGAGAGUGGUGGUGCUAAUGGAGAUUCAAUAGAGAAACUUAGAGGCCUUCAAAUAUCUCCAUCCGACGAUGAAGAUGAAGAAGAACAAAAACCAGAGGCAAUUACAAUAGAUGAAAAUGAUUAUGAUGAUGAAGACGAUGAUGACGAAGACGACGAGCCAGAACCCAUAAUACUUGGAUUCCUAGAAAAGCCAAAGAAUCGCUGGUCACUUCUUCGCCAAUUAUUUCCCAGCAAAGCAGGAGGCGUGCCAGCAUGGUUGGAUCCAGUUAAUUUACCGUCAGGGAGAUCCUGUUUGUGUGAUUUCUGUGGCGAACCUCUGCAAUUUUUACUUCAGGUUUACGCCCCAAUCUCAGACAAGGAGUCAGCAUUUCAUCGAACAUUAUUUGUAUUCAUGUGCCCAUCGAUGUCUUGUCUUCUCCGCGACCAGCAUGAGCAAUGGAAACGCCAUGAGAAGGCAUCCCGAAGUGUGAAGGUUUUCCAGAGCCAAUUGCCUCAUGAUAAUCCUUUUUACUCGUGUGAGGCUCCAAAGCAUAAUGGGAAUGAUAAACCUCUUGGUCGUGGAGCAACACUCUGUAGUUGGUGUGGUACCUGGAAAGGAGACAAAACUUGUAGCAGGUGUAAAAGAGCCCAUUACUGCUCACAGAAACACCAAGUAUUGCACUGGCGAAGAGGUCAUAAAAGUGAAUGUCAAGGGCUGAGCUUUUCUUCCCUGUCAUCAGAAUCUGAAUCCUUUAGUGGUGGGGCUGGAUCAUCAGAAAUACUGCAAGCUGCCUGCAACAGUCUGUGGCCAGAGUUUGAGAUGAUAAAUGAAGAUGAAAGUGAAUAUGACAUGGAGAUGUUGGAGGAUGAUGGAUGUGCUAAUUCAUUAAUAUCCAGGGGGGGAGUGGAUGAUACUGUGAAGUCACUUUUGGACUCUUUUGAGGGAGAUGGGGACAGAAAAAGUUGGGCAUCUUUCCAAGAACGAAUAGCCAAGGCCCCUGAACAAGUUUUGAGAUAUUGCAGACAUGCGAAUGCUAAACCCCUUUGGCCGAUGUCAAGUGGCCGUCCAUCAAAAGCAGACAUUCCUAAAUGCAGUUUCUGUGGUGGUCCUUUGAAUUUUGAAUUUCAGAUUUUGCCUCAGCUGCUUUAUUAUUUUGAUGUUAAGAAUGAGGUGGAUUCUCUUGAUUGGGCAACAAUUGUAAUAUACACAUGUGAAGCCUCUUGUGGAGAUGGUGUGGGUUACAAAGAGGAAUUAGCAUGGGUUCAACUCUCUUCCCCUUCUCUUGUACCUUGAAACUUCAUGUUUCUCUUCUCUCUCUUUAAUGUGUUUUUUUUUGUCUUGGAUCUAUUUUUGGAAAGUAGGAGAAGAUAGAAUGUUGUAUGAAUAGGACAAUAGGUAUUUCUCAAUUUUCAUGGGAGAAGUCAAUUUUCUGUAGAAAAACUUUUUAAUUAUCAAUUAAAGAUAAGAUGUUCUUGAG